ACUUUUUUCAACUGAAAAAUUUUACUUUUUCAAUAGUAGAUAUUUUAUUAAUUUUGUGUGCUGCUGUUUUUAGCAAAAAUCCGUAAAAAAUUGCAAAUUUAUUAAAGAAAUUUACAACUUUUGAGAAUGGCAAGUCCAUUGGAAGGAGCUUUGGAAAUUCUAAGGAUGUGUCUGAUAUAAUGACCGAUAGUUUCAAGACCCAGCUCGUCAAUAUGGGUACUCGUGCUCAAGCCUUUAAGGCAAAGUUACGUUGCCUUCAUGAAUAUCAUGUACGUCUAUUACAUAAUGUCUUACCGGCGCCCUCUGGUGCUGACAUCGCUAACAAUAUUAAAUAUUUCUCUCAAACUCUAUUAACUGUCCUUAAAGAUGUACGUACCUCUCCACAUGAACUUAUACGCGAUCCUACUGAAGAUCCCACACGUAUGUCCGCCUAUCCCAAUCUUGAAUAUGGAAAUCUAUAUAAUGCUCUUACUAUGCUCAUUGAUGUAGCACCCUGUAUACAAUAUGGUCAAUUAGCUUUUGGCCGAGCUCUAUUACAAUGUUUAUGCUGUAUCUUACCGUUUUUAGAUAAAGAUUUAAUUGAUAAUUUACCCUAUUUAGCUAGCUCUACUAUAUCUGUCUUACCCCCAGCUUUACAUCAAGAUAUUGUUAAUGCUCUAUGUUAUUAUAUCUUGCCAUUCACUAUAACUCGCCGAAGUGCUGAUGAACAGGAGUCUCAAGCCUGUCAAUCGGUAUCAUCGGUUAUAAUGAUGGUUCUACAAUAUUCCAAUAAUCCUGCCCAUCAUUGUCAGCUAUUGGAAUGUCUUAUGACUCUUAAACAUAAUGUAGUUAAGGAUAUUUUAUGUGUUGUUGCUUACGGUACUGCUGUAUCUAGAUCAUCAGCGGCCAAAUUAUUAUUUUACUAUUGGCCAGCCUUUGAUCCUAAUCUGUUUGAUCGUAAAGUGUUACUCUCAAAAUUAACCAAUGAUUUAGUCCCAUUUGUGUGCCAACGUGAAAAUUGUCCCAAUUCCGGUAAUGCUGAAGCGGCCAAAGUGUGUUUUGAUCACAGCAUUAGCAUUACUUACGCCCCUGACUGUCCUCCUCCACUGUAUCUGUGUAUCGAGUGUGCCAAUGAGAUACAUCGGGAACAUGCCAAUCUUGAGUUCGGUGACAUAUUACAUCCCAUGCAACAGGUGUCCAUGGUGUGUGAGAAUAAAAACUGUCGCUCUACGGAGAAAUCGGCAUUUUCUAUUUGUUUUUCCACUGAAUGUGCCAGUUACAAUGGUAAUCAUCCCAUACGUUAUUGUUCCCAGUGUCAUAGUAAUCGUCAUAAUUCUCGACGUGGUGGUGAUCAUGUCGUUCAUCGUAGUCUGCCUCCAGCCUGGCAAAUGGAUCCUGAAAUGCAAAUGCAUAUGGUGGAGUGUGUGGUGAGUUUGUUGCGCGAGGCCAAACCCAUAAACUUUGAACCGGGCAAAGAGAGUUCGGAUUCAAAGAAAAAUGGUGCUAGUGCUACUGGAGGUAAUGGUAUUAUGCCUGAUGCCAUUACUCUGGAGGAACGUCAAAUGUUGGGCCGAUAUGGCAUUUGGUUAUUGGUGGGACGUUGUACUCCCACCGCUGAUACUCCAGUUGAAAUUCUGGGUAGAAUAUUAAGCAUGCUCUUCCACUGGUUCCAUGUUACCGCCUAUUCCUAUGAUGCAGGACAAAUUGAAAGUACUAUAGAGAAAUUAAAAACGGAGCAUGUGGUGGAUUGGCUUAAGGAAAUCUGCCGCAUUCACUAUUCCGUCUUUACUUCCUGUUUAUUGCCGCAUCCCCCAGAAUACGGUCGUGUUGGUGGUCAUUGGGAAACUUUGGCUUCACGCACUGCCCAUCUCAAGGAGGGUCUGCAACGUUUAAUCUGUUUGGUCCCCUAUGAGGUCAUAACUUCUGAAAUUUGGGAUUAUGUUAUGCCACAUUGGAUGGAGGCCAUAACCAAUGAUGUUUCCGAAAAGGAACUCAAUGAAUUAAAAAUUGUUUUAAGUAAAAUUUUAGAUCCUGAAAUGUCCCCUUUGGGUUUUGAUGCCAAAACUAUGUAUAAUUUUGUGGCUAUACGUUUUGAAAAGACCACCGCCAAAGUUCAACAGCAGGCUUUACGUUGGCUACAGAUUCUUUCCAAAUUAGGUAUUUUGAUACCUUUAGUUCAACUUUUCGCCAUGUUUGGUGAUGGUGUGCGCAUCAUGAAGUAUGGUGUACAACAUGAAUUAAUGCGCGAAAAGGACGGUGCUCCCAAGGGAGGUGUUAAGGCUGUAUCUAAAGAUACAAAGGAUAAUCCUCCACGUAGAAGUUCGAUAUCUCCCGUUGUUGAGGAUGACUCGGGUAAUACUUCUGCUAUUUCCGAUGAUGAGGCUCCCACUAAUCGUCAUACCGAAUUCUCUACCGAUGCUGAACACAAUUUAACCUGUUGCAUAUUAAUGUUGGAUAUUUUAUUGAAACAAAUGGAGUUGCAAGAUAUAGAACAACACAUGGGCAUUCACACUUCGGUAUGUGAAGAUGUUUCACGUCUAAUGAAAUGCAUGGUUACAGCCGCUCGUGUUGGUCUUAGUAGUCAUGUGUGUUCUUUGAAGGUCGCAGAGUGCGCCUAUUGCGAGGCCUCUAUAAUGUGGCAUCAAUUGUCAACAAAGAUUGUGCAAUUCAUGGCUCCCUUAAAUCCUUUAAGGCCACCAGAUGUUCCCAUUGAAGACAUAAUCGAAGAAGAGAAAUCCUCACGCAAAAGUCCCCCAGAAAGUGAUAAGGAAAAAUCCCGUGAACGUGAUGUAUCACUAUCUAUGGCCCCUUUACCCAUACCCUUGGGACCCUUAGGAGGAUUUUCAGACCUUUUUAAGCUCGAUCCAUUUUUUACAGACGAUGGAAAAAUUAUUAUUAUGGCAGGUCCAGUGCCGGUGGCUGUACCACAACCCGAACCCCAUUCUGUGGGUGGCGUUUUAGUGCAUAUGCCGCAUGUCUGUUCGAAAAACGAUAAUGGCCAAUCGGUUGAUAGUAUUGAAUUGAGAAAAGUUCACGCUACAGACGAGAUCAUGACGGCUACCGUAGAAACGGUUUCUGAACAAUUAGAUUUAGCCUCUAUAUUGCCCGCUGAUCGUGCCAUAGCUAGAUCUAUAACUUUAUCCGAUGCGGAUGUGGGCAGUGCUAAUGUUAGUGUUACCAAAGCUUCUGUCUUGGGUGGUGAUAAUGGUGUGGGCAAUGGCAGCUCUGGUGGUGCUUGCGGUUUAGACAAUGGCAGUCUUUCUGGUGAGGAUGAGGAAGAAGAAGAUGGUGAAGAUUUUUGGCAUACUUCGGUGGGGAAAUUUAAAUUUUCCUUAGAUCAAUUGCCUCAAAGUUUGCAGUAUAUACAUCAACUAUUAACGGAAAUUCCCACUAUUAAAAAACCCGAAAUUCUUUACUAUGUUUUGCAUUGUCUUAAUGUUAUGACUCUACAUGGCGAUGCCUUGGCCAAGGCUGCCCGAGAGCAUCGUGGAUUUUUUAUCUGGUGUCAAGAGAAUUUACUUAUAAAGAAUCUUUGGGAACUCUGCAAUGCCGAACAUUCCCACAUUUGUCAAGUUGGUGUACCCUUGCUGUUACACUGCAUAACAUUGCCUUUGGGAUCUGAUGUCUUUUGGCGUGUGGUUCAGGAGGCGUUUCAUGAUACCGACUGGCGCAUACGAUUCACAGCAGUUGAACGAGUUACUGUAAUUACUCGAUUUAUGGAUUCGACACCACUACGCACCGAGGUUGGUCUACAAACGGCUUUGGCUACAGCAUUUUGUCAUCUUAUAGCCAGCAUGGAUGACAUCAAUGUGUAUGUAGCACAAAGAGCUACGCUAUAUAUCGGAACCAUACAUGACACAGCAAUUCGGUCACUCCUCUUCUGCUUGGAAUCGCAAUUUGAUUUGUUUAUUGUUGAUCGACCGGUGGUCUUGCAAUCUGUUUAUCAACUGCAUAAUUCUCUAUCGGAUCGUAAGAUUUUAACUUGGGAGUUUUUCCUAAAUCGUUUCGAUACCCUAUUUGUGGAAGCUCAAAUUACUUUGGAGAAAUGUGGCGAUAUUUCGUACUUAAGAGAUUUAAGAAAUUCCGAAAAUGGCAGUGAAGCUUUAUCAUCGAAAAUCUUAAAGGCUCGUGAGGCUUUAAGUCAGUCUGAUACUGCUACUGGUGGCAUGGCCAAAACAUUAAGUGCUUCCUUUGGCACUAAAUGGCCUUAUAAGAGGACCAUGUCAGCUCCUGCCAGCAUGAUACCCCGACAAGAUUCCAAAUUUGUACCCGAUAAAGAGAAAAUCUAUAGCCGCCAGAUUUCGGCACCCAUAUUAAAACGGAAAACAUCACGCUUUGGUUUGGGUCAGUUUUUAGGCUCUAGUAGUGGAGCCAGCCAAACUUGUACUAGUUAUAGUUAUCCAACAGCUAGCAAUACAUUAUCACACCGUGCGGCUUACAGUGCUCAUAUAACCACACACUCUGUAACGUCGUCACAUUCACAUCACUCACAACCUUCAGCCCCUCCAACAAAUACCGCCGCCAACUCUCACCCCACCAACAAUCCCCUACAGCCUCCCUGUCCCAUACAUUCCUCUACUCAUAAUCAUCCUAUGUCACAGCAACAUUUCUUCUUUUCCUCAACUUCCCAUCAGUCUAGUAGUAGUGCACCAGUAGCAACAACAUCAACUUUAGCCUCGACUCAUAGUCAAAGUCAUCAGUAUUUAGUGCAUUGUGUAGCGCCUAGUCAAACGCUAAUUCAUAGUCCAAUGCCGACGUUACAAGAAGCUGAUCAUCACAGGCAACAAACAAAAUCCCAACCUUCCACACAAUCACAUCAUUAUCCACAUCCAUCAACCCAUUCCUAUCACUCCCAUUUUCAAAAGCAUCCCUCGGCACCCAAUCUCCUGCCUCCUCCUCCACCCGCACCAGCACCUAGUCCCAGUCCAUCAGCUUCAGCCAUACCAAUGAUUUGUACUUGUGAUGUCGGUUGCACACAAGCAUCAACCAGUGCUAGUGCACCGGCACCUCAAGAUGGCCAUAUACACUCGUUAAGUGGCAUGAAUGAUGACAGUCUGAUUGGGCUAUUGAGUCGUAUUACCGAAUUAGAAGAAUCGGAUCGGGAAACUAUACAUUUGUUGGUAUUUUUAUUAAUGCAAUUUAUGUCUAGACCUGAUCAAGCUUAUCCUUCGGAAGAUAAGCCGAUUUCCAAAACCCAGGGUAUAGUUUUAAAACAUUUAUUCUUACUAUUGGGUCACAAUCAAAUUGACAAAACUUUCCAUACAUCACCCGAGAAUUUGAGAGCCUCGGCUGUAUUCAAUGCCUUUAUGGCCAACUUGCCACAAGUUUUAGAUCAAAAUCAUUUGAUCGGUGGUCUAAUAUUAUCGUCGGUAAUGCAAGUCAUACUUUAUGCACCAAAUCCCAAUAAUAAUGCUGCUGAUUUAUAUCAAAAUCAAGUCUUUAACUACUCUUUAUGGUAUUUGGAAUUGUAUCCUAGGCGCAAUUGGAUGUUUACCAUGUUGGUAGUGCUCUAUAAGUACUCGUAUACCCAACCACCGCAAAGUGCUUACGUUAACUCCGCUAUACGCAUUAUAAUGAAUAGUUUACGUAAUCAUUUUCAUCAGUGCCGUCGUAUACCGACUACAACCAUCUUGGAUAUGCAAGGUACUUCUAGGUCACGUGAUGUAAGCCAACCGUCAUUGGGUACUGAUCCCGAGGAUAAGGAACAAAGUCCUCCUGCUAGUCCCAUGUUUCCUUCAGAGGGCACCAGUGGUGCCUCAAAGGGCAAAGGACAAAAUGUGGCUUUUACUCCAAAAUUACAACAUGCUUUUAGAAAAUACAAUGACUCCAGUUUGGAUGCCGACGAAACGGAAUCGGAGCUGGUGGCCAUACCAGAAAGUGAUUUAUCCGACAGUACUUUACACGGCAGCAGUGCUCCUGGUUCUUUUGAUGAUACCAUACAUUUCGAGGAGAUUAACUCCUCAAAAUUAGAUGUUUUAAGAAGCCGUCGUACCACGGAAGAAACUAUGAAAAAUCAAAAAACCAUGAUCACUACCAAAACUGGUGAUACUUAUACCACGAAGAUCAAAUCCACUGUGUCGGAAACAGUCUCCACAACUGUGGUAGCUACACACUCAAGACACAGUCUACAGGAGGGAGUGCGCAUGAUUGUUACACCUUUGGUGGGUACAGAACCUUCAGAGACCGCUAUUAUAAGUCCACCCGUUGAUGUACAUCGUGCCAUAACUGUACGCAAUAAGUCACAAGAUUCGGCAGCCACUUCCACUUCUAAAAUGUUUGCUGCCAUAGCUACCAAUCAUUUAAAAGCUUUGGGUGCAUUACAAGACAUCACAAGUCCCAGAGUCACAGAAUCUAAAUCACAAUCCUCCACCAAUGGGUCACGUUCUACUAAUGGCAAUGGAGAAAGUUCUGACAAAAGACCAGUUGUUGCCAAACAGACAACAGUGGAACAGUCAAAGAAGCCCUUGGGUAGACACAAGACCAUUAUAGAAUGUAGUGCUGGCACUUCAUCUUCCUCAAAUGGUAACGAUGACUCCAGACUAAGUGCUAAUCACAAAAAGCUAACUUCCAAAACAUUGAAAAGAUCGGAUAAGGCCUAUGGCUCGCCGGAUUCACCACUCUCUAAAAUGAGUGUCAUGCCUAAUCCAGUAGAUGAAAUUGACCCUGCCACAUUACCGCCUCCCAAAAAUAUUGGCACUUUAGAAAUACCUACUCCCGAGCGUUUAUUACCCAUAGGCACCCAAGAAAGUGUAGCCGCCAUAGCAGAUCGCUUACGAGAAGGCCUCAACUUACCCGAUAUCAGUCAUUUGAAACAAGACAGUCUUGAUGUUUCGGAAAGUACUAAAGAUGAUGUUACACCCUCUAGUCGUACGAACUCACCAAGACGUCUAAUUAAACAAGUAGCCCUGGAAGAACCCCAUACCACGCAUCAUGUUAGUGCUCAACAAGCUGCGCACAAAGAUGAGACUCAACAUGAUUUACAUACGUCUAUUUUGAAAACGGUUCAGGAAGAUAAAAUGAAUGGGGCCUUAGGUCCUUCUACUACAUCGGCUGGGGCACAAAUACCCCAUAAUACAGCAGCUCGUACGGAUAGUGCUAAAAAACCACGACAAAAGAUGGCACCAUUUGCUGUAGAUGUCAAUGCUAUACCCGAUAUACGUUCGCGUUAUGCUGGCUCCUGGCCUCCGCCGCCAUAUCAACCACCCGAAGAACAAGAUGAUGAUUUAGAUGAUGGACUAGAGAAUGGUUUGGGCGGUCAAACAAUACCGCAGCCAGAUAGAGUGAGCACACGUCGAGUAGGUGACUAUACCGUUUGUGAACGCUGCUCAGAAUGUGGUGCUUUAAUUGAAGAAUAUACCGAUGAGGAGAUUGGUUUGUUAAUUGUUAUACUGGGUACUUUUAUACAUAGAGAACCCUCUAUGGCAGCACCAUUUUUACCGGAAAUAUUAACCAUAACAUCUAAGAUAUCUUCGACAUGCACUUACGCUUGGCAGGGUGAAAAUGGUCCACCCUUGUUAUGUAGUGCUCAAGCGGUAGCAUUACAAUUUCUGCGCUGUGUUUUACAUCAACUUGCACCCAAUGGUAUAUUUUUACAAAUUCUUCAGACAGAAGUUAUAAUGAAAGUUAGACGCAACACCUUCCGUAGCAUUGCCAAGGCUUUACAAGAUUUCCAGGAAUUAAAUGCUUCCAGUCCUAUUUAUAUGGUGUGUGAAGCUUUGCAAGCUAAAAAAUCUUUACCAAUAGAAAAUUUACCCAUUAUUUUCCGUAAUAUGGCCGAGUAUUUACAGUGUGUGGUACCCGAUGGUACGGUACAGUCGGCAUGGCCUCAGGCCAUGACUAGUUUGGAAAAUUUACUUAGACAAGUUAUUGUUAUAUUGCCCACCUUGACAAAUCAUGAAUAUCUUUUGGAUCUUAUGGUGGCUACACUGCGUUUGAAUUGUGUACCGAAAACACUGUUAGAUCCCUAUUCGAAAAUAUUAGCAUAUUGUGUGCAACAUACAAAUUUGGAUUAUUCAGUUUUAUACGAUAUUUGCAUUUAUUCACGUUCCUUUUCCCGAGAUCGUGAUAAGCAAUAUUUAUGCCGUCAAUUGAUAUUUGAAUUUGUUCAGGCUCUAAAGUUUAAAACCAAUAUACCAGAUCAUAAUCUACUAAUGAUUAUAGGAUUUGUGUUGUUGGAUGCUGGUGGUACUUUACCACCGGGUACAUUGCAAGAUAUACCAGAGGUUCCACCCAAUAUUUCUACAAAUUCGGCGGAUUGUUUGAGACAGUAUAUCAAUGAUGUUAUAGACUUUUUGGCAGAUUUUCAUACCCUCAGUAAAAUUAAGAAUUUCAAAAAUUCUCAAACCCAAAAUGGUUUGGGAGAAGAUACUUUGGGAGGUGUUUUAAAGGGUGCCGUAUCUCAAUAUUUGGCUUUGGAAAUGUCGCGUGGAAACUCUAGAGAUAAUAAAGCUGUAGCUAGAUAUUUACCCUGGCUUUACAAUGCUCCCUCAUCGCUGCAACAAGGACCCAAAGAAUUUACCGAAUGUGUGGGUCACAUGCGUUUGCUUUCCUGGCUGCUGUUAGGUUCUCUCACUCACAUGGCUCUAUUACAAAGACGUUCUACCAUACAUAUAGCCACGAAUGCAAAUGCCACUACUAAUCAACCAACGAAUGCCAACAAUCCAGCUGGUGGUCAUCAUUCAGCAGCUGCUGGUCAUGCUAAUUUCUCUCAACCUGUUCCCCAAGAAGCCUCCUGUCAUAUUGCCGAUCAUAUACAAGUUAUCUUUGCCGGUUUCGCCGAACAAUCCAAGACAUCUGUCUUGCAUAUGUCUUCAUUAUUCCAUGCGUUUACUUUGUGUCAAUUGUGGACAGUGUAUUUGGAACAAAUUGCUCAUACCUCCAAUAAUCCUGAGGGUAAUACUAUGGGUGUUCUCUUCGAGUUUUGGGCUAAAGUAACACCCUGUAUUUUACAACUGGUUUCACAUUCGAAACCUACUAAAGAAACCAAUGAUUUUUCACAGAAUUCUAAUGCCAAGCUUUCCGAAAUGGUAAAUUUGCAUUUCCUAAGUUUAUUGGAAGCAUUGAAGGAAACAAAUUCAACAGUUUUAAGCAAAUUAUUGCCAUUGUGGAGUCCAGUUUUGUCCUCGCAAACACAGCUUUCCGAUACUUUACAUGUGCGUUUACAAAACGUACGCGAUUAUGCUCCGGAUUAUGAGGAAAAGCAAACGCAUCAUGCCGAGAACUUAUUGAAAUGGUUACAACAUUUACAAUUUAAAAUGGGACAAAUUGAAUUGCAGGCCUCGACCGCAACUCAAUUCUAUUCAAUUUAAAAAAUCUGUUAAUAAAACAUUGAUUUAGACUAUUUAUUAAAAGUUAUAAUGACAGCCAAAUUAAAAAAGAAAGGACAAACGCAAGAGCUCAGCUCGCCAUAGAAGAGGAAUGACUUUUUAUAUUAUUUUAAAAAAAUCAUAAACGUUUUUGCAGUUAAAUGUUAAAUUUGUGUUAAAUGUUGUCGUUUGAAAUAAUAAUAUUAAUAAAAAACUAACUACCAGUAUAUGGAAAAUGUAAA